AUGCCAGCCCCUCUGGAGACCUGCCUCUCAGACCUCGACUGUGCCAGCAGCAGCAGCAGCAGCAGCAGCGACCUGUCCGGAUUCCUCACGGACGAAGAGGACUGUGCCAGGCUCCAGCAGUCAGCCCCCGCCUCAGUGCCGCCUGUGCCGGCGCACAGGGGCGCCCCCGGGGUUCCCGGGGUGUCAGACACUCCCCGGGCGCAGGAGGACGAGCAGGAGCGGCGGCGGCGCAGGGGCCGCGCCCGGGUGCGCUCCGAGGCGCUGCUGCACUCGCUUCGCAGGAGCCGGCGUGUCAAGGCCAACGACCGCGAGCGCAACCGCAUGCACAACUUGAACGCAGCGCUUGAUGCACUGCGCAGCGUGCUGCCCUCCUUCCCCGACGACACCAAGCUCACCAAGAUCGAGACGCUGCGCUUCGCCUACAACUACAUCUGGGCUCUGGCCGAGACUCUGCGCCUGGCAGACCAGGGGCUGCCCGGAGGCGGUGCCCGAGAGCGCCUCCUGCCGCCACAGUGCGCCCCCUGCCUGCCAGGGCCCCCGAGCCCCGCCAGCGACGCUGAGUCCUGGGGCUCUGGUGCUGCCGCCUCCCCAUGCGAUGCCGCCUCCUCACCACUAUCUGACCCCAGUAGCCCUGCCACCUCCGAAGACUUCUCCUAUAGUCUUGGCGACCCCCUUUUCUCCUUCCCCAGCCUGCCCAAAGACUUGCUCCGAACAACGCCCUGUUUCAUCCCUUACCACUAG